UCAGAUUUUAAUUUGCAUUGGCAAAUCACAAUGUAAAAGUGUCAUGCAACAUUGAUCAUUCAUUUGACUCGAUUUGAUUUUACUGUCAUUAUCCAUCAUAAAGGAAACAAAUGUUUUGCGAGACACAGACACACACGCACACACAAACCAGGGGGCUGGGUGCUCAUGCAAAACGGUGCGGCCAGAUGUGGGAACACGUGGUUUCUUUCUCCAAACAGCCUCGCAGGCUUUUCCAGCACUUCCUCUCAUGCCGCAGCUCUCUCACUCUCCUCUUUUCUUUCUUCCCACACACACCUUGACAAAAACAACUUUUUAACUCCUUUUUCUCGUGUUUGCGCGAAAAAAAAACAGCCUCAUCCUGCAGUUUUGCAGCAUCAAGUUGAUGGUGACGAAUGGAACGGCGCAUGUGAUGUUGUAACUCCUGUGCAAAAAGAAAAAGUGGCUUUUCAGGGAACCGGAGCAAUGCAGUGAGUGGAUGGGAGAUACGACAAAGAAGUACAAUGAAAGACGACUUUGGAGAAGAGGAGGAGGUGCAGUCCUUUGGCUACAAGAGGUUCGGAAUCCAGGAAGGCUCCGAAUGCACCAAGUGUAAAAAUGACUGGGCUCUGCGCGCCGCCAUCGCCUUGCUCUACGUCCUCUGCGCCCUGCUCACCAUCGCCGUGGCCGUCCUCGGUUACAAAGUGGUCCAGAGAAUGGAUAGCGUCGCAGAGGGAAUGCAGAUGUACGGCGGUAAAAUCAACGCCGUGGAGACGGACUUGAAGAAACUUGACUAUCCGACGGGUGAGAAGACGCUCAACGCCACCGGCGACGUGGAGGCGGUUAAAUCGGAUCUGGAGGCGCUGCAGAGCAAGCUGAACGACAUCGCCGUUCGCUCGAGCCGGAGCGGGGACGCGCUGUGUGAAGUUCGGCUGAGCGGCAACGACACGCGGGACGGCCACGCCUCCCUGCGGGCUUUGCUUAAGGGCAACGCCGACUCGCUGCGCGACGUCAACCGGACGUUGGCGUCCUACGGCGGGAUGAUCGGCGACCUCCGGACCGACACGGCCAGACUCCAGUCCGAGAUCCAAGGUCGGGUGGAAGAACGGGGCCGGGCGCUGGUGGGCAUCGGCGCGCUGAAUAUCACCCAAGCCCAGCAGCGCGACGUACUGAGCGCGCUGCAGAAGACGGUGGAGGACGCGGGGCGGGCGGUGCAACGACUCACGAAUGACUAUCAGACUCUCCGGCAGAGCGCCGGACAAACCCGCGCGGACACGGAUCGGCUCAAGGAGAAAGUCCGGAACCUUCAGAUGUUGGCGGCCAACAACUCCGCGUCGGCGCGCUCCAACGGCGACGCUUUGGACGAUUUGGAGGCUCAGCUCGGCACGCUGGCGAGCCGGAUCCGGAACACGUCCGUCCUCGCCGAGGGACUGGAUAGGAACCUGCGGGAACUCAUGGACGAGCGGAGGGACCACGACAACUCCACCUCGUCCGCGUUUGACGAGAUGGAAACGCGGCUGGACAAGCACGAGGCCGACAUUGAGCGCGUGACGGGCAACGUCAGCUUCGCCGCGCAGCUCCUCGGCUCCAUGGGCUCGGACCUCGACGGCCUGAGGCGGUGCGCCGAGACGGUCGCGCGCCACUCCGACGUGCUCCAGGGCUUGAACGACAGCGUGGAAGAGGCCAGGGCCCAGAGCGGGGAGCUGCGCGGCCGGCAGGACCUCUUGACGGCUCGCCUGGACAAAGAAGUCGACGACCUGUCCGCCGUGAUGGAGGAGAUGAAAUUGGUGGACAGCGAGCACUCGCGGCUCAUGGCCAACUUCACCAUCCUGCGGGGUCCGCCGGGUCCGAGGGGCUUCAGGGGAGACAAGGGGCUCCCGGGCCCGGUAGGCCGGCCGGGCCAGAAGGGCGAUAAGGGAGACCAGGGGGCGCCGGGCACGGUCGGACCUAAAGGAGAGAAAGGCGCUCCCGGCCCCCAGGGCGGAACGGGUCCGAAAGGUACCCUCGGCUCCCGGGGCCUCCCCGGGACCAAAGGGUCAAGAGGAACCGGCGGUCGACCCGGAAUCCCCGGAGACAAAGGAGACCCCGGGGCUCAAGGCCUUCCGGGCAGAGACGGACUACCGGGUUCGCCAGGACCGCAAGGACCGCAGGGUCUGAGGGGAGCGGCGGGACCCGCCGGCUUGGAGGGACCGCGUGGGCCCGUCGGACCCAUGGGUCCCGCGGGUCCUCCGGGUUGGCCUCCGGUUGUUUUGAAGCCCACCGCCGCCACGAAACCAUCCCGCGAGCCGCAAAGUGCGGCGACAAGUGCUGCCUCCACUUCUUUAUCGACCGAAAUGAGUAGAAGGCACCUUCAAGUGUCUCCGCAGACACCUGAAAAAUUUGGUGAUGGCUUGGUGAUCAAAGAGCCGCUUCAACGGAAUGAUUUCUUUUUAGGUUGUCCGGCGGAGUUUCGGCCGUUUGGCGGCAGCUGCUAUUACUUCUCCGCCGCCACUCACAAAGUCAACUAUGAUGAGGCCGCCGCCUUUUGCUCCAACGUGGCGGCUCAUUUGAUCGUCAUCGACAACAAUGAGGAACAGGUGUUUGUGAAGAACGCGGUGACGGGCAAAGGCUUCUUCUGGCUGGGCCUGACGGACAGGGAAGAAGAAAACGUGUGGAAGUGGGUGGAUGGAAGCGUACCGCUUUUCAACCAAUGGAAUCCGGGCCAGCCCGAUAACUGGACGCGUGGUCACCAACACGGCGAGGACUGUGCCGGUGCGGUGCAAAAGAUGGAACGUGCGCGCCUACGCGCGCGGAAGGUGACGUCUGUUGCUCCAGCGAUGCCGCUCUUCGCCAGCAACCCAUUCGAUCAAGAUGUUGAGAAAGCAACCAGUGAGAUGAACACAGCAGAGGACUGGGGCCUCAUCUUGGACAUUUGUGACAAGAUAGGACAGUCGCGCAACGGGCCCAAAGAAUGCCUGCGCUCCAUCAUGAGACGAGUGAAUCACAAGGAUCCUCACGUGGCCAUGCAGGCACUCACCCUUCUUGGCGCGUGCGUGUCAAACUGUGGCAAGAUCUUUCAUCUGGAGGUGUGCUCCAGAGAGUUUGCCAGCGAAGUCAGCAACGUCUUGAAUAAGGGUCACCCGAAAGUGUGCGAGAAGCUGAAGGCGCUGAUGGUGGAGUGGGCCGAGGACUUCCGCAGCGACCCCCAACUCAGCCUGAUUUCGGCCAUGAUCAAGAAUCUGCGCGAGCAGGGCGUCGCCUUCCCCGCGGUGGGCUCCCAGGCGGCGGAGCAGGCCAAAGCCAGUCCCGCCUUGGUGGCAAAGGAUCCCGCCGCCUCAAACAAGAAAGAAGAAGAAGACUUGGCCAAAGCCAUCGAGCUGUCGCUGAAGGAGCGGAGGCAGCAGACGCAGACGUCCUUUUCCGGCCUCUACCCCAGCACCUCGGCGCUCACGCACAAGUCGGACGGACGCAAGGUGCGCGCCAUCUACGACUUUGAGGCGGCCGAGGAUAACGAGCUCACCUUCAAGUCGGGAGAAAUCAUCACCAUCCUGGACGACAGCGACCCCAACUGGUGGAAAGGGGAGACCUAUCAGGGGGUGGGCCUCUUCCCCUCCAAUUUUGUCACCGCCGAUCUCACGGCGGAACCUGAAAUGAUGAAGACGGAGAAAAAGACGGUGCAGUUUAGCGAGGACGUUCGGGUGGAGACCAUCGAGCCGGAACAGGAGCCCGUUUUUAUCGACGAGGACAAAAUGGACCAACUGCUGCAGAUGAUUCAGAGUGCCGACCCCACCGACAACCAGUCGGACGGUGUGGAGUUGCUCCAGCUCGAAGGAGCGUGCAAUCAAAUGGGACCCCUCAUUGACCAGAAGCUGGAGGACAUAGAUCGGAAGCACUCUGAGCUGUCGGAGCUCAACGUCAAGGUGAUGGAAGCUCUCUCGCUGUACGCCAAGCUCAUGAACGAAGACCCCGUGUACGCCAUGUACGCCAAGCUGCAGAGUCAGCAGUACUACAUGCAGCAGCCCGUUGCCGCCGCGCAACAGCAGCAGGCGUACCCCGCCGCUCCCGCCUCAAGUUCGUACGGCAUGAGCGCCAGCGGCGUGCCCGCUUACAACGUGCCCGCGGAGCAGCUUCAAGGCCAGACGCCCGCACGCAGCGAGGCCCACCUGUACAUGACUCAGCCCGCCGUCUACGCCGCGCCGGGCGGCCUGCCGUCGGUCGACGCUCACGCCUACCCGCUUCCCGGGACGAGCCCCGCCGCCGUGGCGCAGGCGCUGCCUAACUACGGCGCCCCCUCUGGCCAGACGGCGCCACCUUCCGCGGAGCCGCCGCAAGCCCCCUACUCGGAGAAGGCCUUGCUAUAGGCCGCCGCCCCUCGGUCCCUCCGCAAACGGUCAGCAUAGUAGCGCCGGAUCCGACCUUUCUUUCACGGUGAUCUCGUGACAAUGCUGAAAUCCAAGGUAAAAAUGUCCACACGACGCCCCGUCCGCGCUUCAUUUUCUGCAUCGUAUUUAAUGAAUGAGUACGAGACAUUAUUCCCAAAAGUUCCGUCAAUUGUGAUGCCACGUGCGCUUUCACAAGAACGGCAUCGGUGGUCCCAAAAAGUCAGAAGUCAGGCGAGA